AUGGCCGCCCGCGAACCCUUCCGCUCACUCUUCAUCGCCUCAAUAGGCAACCCGGGCCGACUGCGUUCAACCCGUCACAGCGCCGGCCAUAUCCUCCACGACGCGAUCGCACCCCUCCUACGAAGCGAGCUCCCGCCCGUCUAUAAAACAUGGUACAGCCCCUCUUUUAUGAACGAGUCUGGCGUCAAACUCCUCCGCGAACUCGAGACCUUCAAGCGUCUUGACCACGGCGGUGCUAAACGCUCGACGCUCGUCAUCCUGCACGACGAACUUGAAGCGCCACUGGGGAAAAUCGUCGUGAAGCACGGCGGCACAGAGAAGGCGAGUGCAAAGGGGCACAAUGGUUUAAAGGACAUCUUCAAGAGACUGGGGAAUAAAAAAGUGUAUCCGCAGCCUUCCAGUUUUACUGGGUCGGUAGGCAAUCCGGCUCUUUCGAUCUUGCGGAUCGGGAUUGGGAUUGGGAGACCGGUGAGUCGGAGCCCACAGGAUGUCUCGGAUUAUGUCCUGAAGAAUAUGGAUGUACGGGAGUUGGAGGCUAUAAAGAAGGCUGCGGGACCUGUGGUGCAACUUUUGGUUGAGCAGGCUUGGGGGACGGAGAGGGAGAAUCCGACGCCUAGGGCCCAAGAAUAG